GGGCAAUUGCAGGAGGAGCUUGUGUGGGAGUCGAUAGCUAAACUUCCCUGUUAUUAUAUUAGCCAGGGGACAGCUAGGAGUGAGAAAAGAGGAGGUGGGAGAUCACUGCUGGAAGAAUACCCACAGAUACACACUUUAUGUUGUGCUGAGAGUAUAAACCAUGUUAUGCUGGGGUCACUCUGCUUUUGGUCAGCUUGGAAUAACCACCAGGGGCCCUGAUAUUGUGUCCGAGCCCUGCCGUUGCAACUUCUUGUUGGACAAAUGCAUCAAGGAAGUGGCUUGUGGAGAGAAGCAUUCUGUGUUCUUACUGAAGGAUGGGAACGUUUAUAGCUGUGGUUGCAAUCAAUAUGGUCAACUGGGGCAUGAGGACAAAGGAGGAAAUGCAGGUCAAGUUACAGGUUUGGAUGGUGAGCACAUAAUCCAUGUGGCAUGUGGACAGUUCCAUAACCUGGCCCUUAAUUCCCAGGGUCAUCUCUUCUCAUGGGGAUCAGGAGCUGAUGGACAGCUUGGACAUUCCAUGAUAGAAACCACCAUUCCUGUGCCAAGGUUAAUCAAGAAGCUAAAUCAACAGAAGAUUCUGCAGGUUUCCUGUGGCAACCAUCAUUGCCUGACUCUUGCAGAUGAUGGUCAAAUAUUUACAUGGGGACAGAAUCACUUUGGCCAACUAGGACUGGGAAAAAGCUUUAAUUCCCAGUCAAGCCCGCAACGUGUGAAGUCCUUGGAUGGUAUCCCCCUGGCGCAGGUCGCUGCAGGAGGCUCACACAGCUUUGCCCUGUCUCUAUCCGGGGCGGUAUUUGGAUGGGGGAAGAACAGCGCGGGGCAGCUAGGGUUAAACGAUGAACAAGUUCGAGAGUCACCAUGUCACGUAAAACCGUUACGCACCCAGAAGGUAGUAUAUAUCAGCUGUGGAGAAGAGCACACUGCCAUCCUAACAAAGCCUGGAGGCAUUUUUACAUUUGGAGCUGGGGGCUGCGGACAGUUGGGGCAUGAUUCUUUAAAUAAUGAGAUAAAUCCUCGCCGCGUGUUGGAGCUGAUGGGAAGUGAAGUCUCUCAGAUUGCAUGUGGCAGACAGCAUACCCUUGCUUUUGUGCCUUCUACAGGAGUUCUCUAUGCAUUCGGUUGUGGAGAUCAAGGCCAACUGGGGACUGGUCAUACCAACCAUAUCAAGUGCCCUGUUGUAGUCAAAGGGAAGUGGGCCGCACAUUCUGGGCAGAUCCCAUCUACAUCAGAUGCUGCUACAUAUAACAUUAUCAAGCGCAUUUUUUCUGGAGGGAACCAGACAUUUGUUCUUUGUUCUAAACUGGAGAGUUCUCAGCCAGCAGAGGAUUUCCGUUUGUGCAACAACAAAAAUUACACUAGUCUUAUAAAUGACGAGACAAUUGAUGUCUGGAGACAGAAAGUACUGGAUAACUGUAACUCCAACUCUAUCAACGGCAUCGUCCAGACUUUAUCAUCUUCUGCCUGUUGGAAUGGAAGUUUCUUGGAGAAGAGGAAUGAUGAGCAUUUUAAAACCAGCCCAAAAAUUCCAGGAAUCAACAUGUAUUCUGUAAAAGUGUUGUUUGAGAUAUUGAUGAAUGCACAUCACUCCAGGCUUCUCGAGCAGAUCCUAAAAGGUUUUGAGAGCUUCCUCAUCCCACAGCUAUCCAGUUGCCCUCCUGAUGUAGAAGCAAUGAGGAUAUACCUCAUCCUCCCUGAAUUCCCAUUGGUUCAGGACUCCAAAUACUAUAUCACACUGACUCUUCCUUUAGCAAUGGCAAUCCUGAGGCUGGACACAAACCCAAGUAAAGUGCUGGAUAACUGGUGGUGCCAGGUUUCUCCAAACUACUUCUUCAGAUUAAUUGAUCUAUAUAAAGGGGCUGUAGUCUAUCUCCUGAGUGGUAGGAAGACCUUAUUGAUCCCUGUGCUGUUUACAAGCUACAUCUCUGCUGCUCUAAGACUUCUAGAAAAAAUGCACAAGGUGAACAUGAAGGUGCGACAUGUGGAAAAUGAAAAGUUUUACAUUCCAGAAAUUUCCAGCUUAGUAGACAUACAAGAAGAUUAUCUCAUGUGGUUCUUAAAUCAAGCGGGAUUGAAAGCACCUCCUUCUAUUAUGCAGGAUUCAGUGACGUUAUGUUCCUAUCCAUUUGUAUUUGAUGCCCAAGCAAAGACAAAAAUGUUACAGACCGAUGCGGAGCUGCAGAUGCAGGUGGCAAUCAAUGGAGCAAACCUGCAGAAUGUCUUUAUGCUGCUUGCUCUGGAGCCCAUGCUGGCCAAAAACCCCUACCUCGUACUGCAUGUGCGCAGAAACAACCUGGUGGCCGAUGCCCUGAGGGAGCUGAGUAUUUAUUCUGAUAUAGACCUGAAGAAGCCUCUGAAGGUAAUAUUUGAUGGUGAAGAAGCUGUGGACGAUGGUGGAGUUACUAAAGAAUUCUUCCUGCUACUCCUCAAGGAACUAUUAAAUCCCAUAUAUGGAAUGUUUACAGUCUACCCAGACUCCAACUUGCUCUGGUUCUCAGACAUUUGUUUUGUAGAGCACAACUGGUUCCAUCUCAUUGGCAUCAUGUGCGGUUUAGCCAUAUAUAACUUUACUGUGGUGGAUCUACACUUCCCACUGGCUCUGUAUAAAAAGCUCCUGAAUGUGCCUCCAACAUUGGAAGAUCUGAAAGAACUCUCCCCAACAGAAGGAAGGAGUCUUCAGCAACUCCUAGACUACCCUGAAGAUGACGUGGAGGAGACUUUCUGCCUUAACUUUACAAUAUGUAGAGAAAGUUAUGGACUGACUGAGAUUAAGCCCUUAGUGCCUGGAGGAGACCAGAUAACUGUGAAUAAAGAGAACAGGAAGACAUUUGUAGAUGCCUAUGUUGAUUAUGUGUUCAACGUGUCCGUGAAAGAGUGGUACGAAGCCUUUUCUACUGGUUUCCUAAAGGUUUGCGGUGGAAAAGUGUUGGAGCUUUUUCAGCCGUCAGAACUGAGAGCCAUGGUAGUGGGCAGCAGUAACUAUAACUGGCAAGAGCUGGAAGAGAGUGCUGUGUACAAGGGUGAAUACACUGCUACACACCCCACUGUGAAGAUGUUUUGGGAAACAUUCCAUGAAUUCUCUCUGGAAAAAAAGAAAAAGUUCCUACUGUUUCUCACCGGCAGUGACCGUAUUCCCAUCUAUGGCAUGUCAAGCCUACAUAUCAUUAUCCAGUCCGUAUGCAGUGCUGAAGAUCACCUGCCCGUAGCUCACACAUGCUACAACCUUUUGGAUUUGCCCAAGUACAGCAACAAAGAAACUCUCAGGAGCCGGCUUACCCAGGCUAUAGAUCAUUACGAGGGUUUCAGUUUAGCAUGAGAAAGAGCUUUACAUUCUCUUGCUGCACUCUUAACACCAUGCACUUUAGCAUCCACUGUAAAAAUAUUGUAUACAUAUAAAGAAAACUGCAUAAAUGUUUAUUUUUGUAACGUAAUCUAUAAAAAGUGCAAAAAACUAUUAAAAAAUGUGCAAAAUAAGGUUCAGGAAUGAGGAUUCAAAAUAUUUCUUUGAGUUCUUUGUAAUACUUUGGAAAUAUAAUUGUGUUUUUGUUUUUUUUAAGUCUGAUUCAGUCCUAUUUAAUUUGGACUUUUAUUAUAUUGCUUUAAUUCUUACUUCAUAAUGAUGCCAGACAUACGGUGUAACUAUGUAGAUAUCUUGGUAAUAUGCAAAAAAAAAAUGUAUUAUGCGUUUUGCUCAAAAAACAUUUGUUUACUAAAAAAACAUUUUUUAACUAAUUUUAUCUGAAAUUUGUUCAUGUACUAAACAAAUUUAGUUCAUUAAAGGGACAUUAAAAUCAGGUGUUGUUUUUUUAUUUUAUGAUUCAGAUAGAGCAUGACAUUUUAAACAAUUUUCCAGUUAACAUCUUUUAUCUAAUUUAAUUUACUUCGUUUGAAAGGAUACCGAGAUAUGCUCAGGGGCAGCAAUACACUACUGAGAGCUAGCUCCUGAUUGCCGGCUGCACACACAUGCUUCUUUUCAAUGCUUUACCCAUUGUGUUCAGCUAGCUCCCAGUAGUGCAUUGCUGCUCUUUCAACAAAAGAUACCAAGAGAAUUAAGAAAAUGUGAUAACAGAACUAAAUUAGAACGUUGCUUAACAGUGUAUCUAAAUCAUGAAAUAAAAACGUGGGUUUUUAUGUCCCUUUAAACAAACAGAUGAACUGAUAAUAAAUGUAUUUUGUUUCUCUUAUUAAAUGAAGAAACUAAAUUAGCGUAGUUUGUAUUGGUUCAUUAAUUUUUUUUAGUUAAUGAAUACAUUUUUGCAUACAAUUUAAGUCCGUUAUUCGCUUCAUGACCGGAUAACAAUAAAAAAUUGUUGUGCAUCUGCUUGAUAAUAUCACGAUAAAGGGACAGUCUACACCAAAAUUGUUAUUGGUUAAAAAAGAUGGAUAACGCCUUCACUACCCAUUCCCCAGUUUUGCACAACCAACAUUGUUAUAUUAAUAUACUUUAUAACAUUUAAACCACCUCUAAAUUUCUGCCUGUUUCAAAGCCACUACAGACAGCCUAUUAUCACAUGCUUUUUUAUUAGCUUUUCACAGACUCUGCUAAUCCAUGUGGGCCAUAUAGAUAACAGUGUGCUCUCCUCAGUGGAGUUGAUGACACUGCACUAAUUGGCUAAAAUGCAAGUCAAUAGAUAAUAAAUAAAUAAAUAAAUAGUCAUGUGAUAAGGGGGCUUUCAAAAGAGGCUUAGAUACAAGGUGAUCUCAGAGGAAAACAGUAUAUUUAUAUUACAGUGUUGGUCAUGCAAAACAGGGGAAUGGAUAAUAAAGAGAUUAUCUAUCUUUUUAAACAAUAACAAUUUUGGAGUUGACUGUCCCUUUAAUUCUACAAAGAGCAGCAAUGAAAUGUUUUAAAAUACAUAACAGUCUAAUCUUAAUGUGAAACUUCUAAAGCAGAGAUUAUAUUUUUCUGUAUUUUUAAAUUAUUAUAAGAUUUUCAGAACCUAGGUAUUCGCUGGAAUUUCAUCCUAGAGAUGUAAAUGUCCUGGUUUUCUUGGGCUUAUGCACAAUGUUUAACUUCAUAUUAGAUUAUGGUAUUGAAUUGAAUUGGUCAUAUUUAUGUCACACAGCAAAAAAAAAGAAUAAACAAUACAUUUUUAUUUUU